AUGCUGAAGGUGGGAGUCUCCAACUUGAAAAAUGAUUGGGAAAGUUUGGACCCUGACAACGAGCGCAUUGAUGAGUAUGGCCUAGCUGUGAAAGAGAGCUUGACAGAAACCGUCAAGGCAGUUAUAGACAUUCUCGGCAUGCGACCUUGUGAGGUGCUUGUUAGAGUGUCGUUUGGCAUUGAUGGGUCCAAGCAGGUUGCAAUGAAGCUGGCAGUUAGAUCUUAAGAUCCAGAGAUCAGCGAAAAGAUUCAUUAAAUUGUUUCUGAGGGUUGAAUGCAGCAAACAUUGUUUGGAUCCAUCUUUUGCCAGAAAAUUUUUUCGCCUUCCCUUUCCCCUAUACUUUUUCUUUGUUCUUCUUCGUUAGAACUUGUUCAAUUCCUGCGACUGAGGUGGUUGUCAUUUUGUUUGCUAGGAACUUGUUUUUGCUCAGCCUUAAUUGUUUGACGGAUGAAAUGUAUUCAAUUAUACCGUUCAACUUUUAUCAAACACAAGGAUGAUUGUUUUUCA